AUGUGCCCCUUUUCAAACAUUAGCCGAACACGAGGCGAAUGCAUCAGCUUGGCACUCUGAGGAAUCGGAGAGCCUGGUUGUGAGCCUGGCCGAAUCCAUGAUGGGCCUGAAAAAAUCUUCUUGGUGCCCACGGGACAGAGAGAAUCCAAAAAACAAAAUAUCUUUUGUUUAUAUGGAUGGAUAUUCUAUAUGUUGUAAAUCAAGAAAAUGUUUUUAUAUUUUAUCGUGAAUUUAGAAAAUAAAAAUCAUAGAAGUCAUUUACGUGCCAGUUUUAUCAUUAAACUAUCGUAAAAUAAAAGAAAAUGUCUUUAUUUUCCUCAUAAUAAUUUCCUAUUGUAUUUUCAUCAAAGAAUAUGUCUUGCUGAAGCUAUUGUUUCUAUAGAGAUUAUCAGUUAUCGUCUAAUGAUCAUAUUUUUUUUUUUUUUCAAUUAUUGGCAGAGUCUUUGUUGGGCAUGGGCGACUUUGUUUAUUAGGUAACGUGAUACGUGGGCAAUCAGCGGAGAGAAGUUUCAUAGAAAACCACGAAAACUCUGUCUAUCCAUUCGUCUUUAACAUUACAUUAAGAACAAUCUAUUUUACAAAAAUAGCGUACUAUAGCAACGACGUACAUUAAUUUUAAGAAGUGGUGUAAUUCGAAUUUAAAUUAGCAUAAGGUCGAUUAUAAUACAAUCAGUCGCAUAUAUAAGAGAAUUGUUCUCGUUGCAUAACGUCUAAAGGUUAGAAAUCCUAGAGUAAAAUACAGUCGACCCUUUAUAACACUGUUGAUAAUUCCGUUUUAUAUGAAUUCCAUGUUGUACGAGUCACUUAGAUUUUACAAAUACGUGAGCCGUUCACAGCCCAGCACACGUAUUUAUAGGGGGAAGCUCUCUUAUUGCCCACAGAACGGAAAGAGUAAAAAUCUCGGGCUUUCCACUGUCCACUUAUAGUGGAUGUUCCAAAGUACUGGGCUUCAUCGCUCAUCACCUUAUCGUGCAUAUGGCCAAACCGCAUAGCGGGUAUUGUUUGGUUUGAUAGGGUAUGGCUUCGCAACACAAGCGCGAUCUGCUAAAGGAGGCUUCUCAGAGGAAACUGGCCCUAUUUAGUUGGGUAGUCAAGUGAAAAAAAUCUGAAAAACUCCACGUGAUCAAUCCAUUGGUCAGAAGCGAAUAUAUGACAAACCACCAGUGUUUAGUGUAUCUUAUCUAUUCGGCCACCGAUGGGCUCUGAUGAGUAUGGAAAAAAGAUCCUCUUGGUGCGCAUAGAGCAGAGAAAUUUAACAAAUAAAGAAUUCCAUUAGUAUCUAUAAAUAUUUUCAUAUUUAUUUAAUGUAUUUAAACAGAACCUGCUUAGUAAGCAAAUUUCAAAUUCUUGUUUUAGUCACACAUACUCUCAUUUUAAAUUAUUUGAAAAGUCCGCGAUUGGAAUUUAGUCUCAGUUACAUAUUUUUAUUAUUAAAAAUUUCCUUGUUGCAACGACCGUUUUUAUUCUUGUAAUACAUCCCAGAUUUUAAUGUUAUUCUUCCGCAUUACGUGAUUCAACUUCCAUGAUUAUUUAACAUUAUACUUCAUACAGUAACAAAAAAAUGUAUAUAAAUGUGAAUAGCUUCUUAUAUUUAAGUCGUUAAUUUGUCUUAUUUUAUCACACAUAUAUUUAUUAUCGCAAAAUACGACGCAAAAUAAAGCGUCAUACGCAACGUAUUUUAUCAUGGCGGCACACAAUAGAUGUAAACUGGUGGUAGCAUUUUAUUUCCACUUCACAAAUAAACGCUUAAAACUUACAUAAUUAAUUUUACAUAUAAAAUAUUUCCCUACAAACUGAAAUACCCAGCACUAGAAGGUUUUUUUAUACUAUCCUUGACCUCUUAACAGUACUCUGGUUAUCUGUUCAUUCGAUAAAGAGCACUAGCAUUAAAUACGUGUUUAUUUAAUGAAGUACAUACAUUUAGAUCGAUGAAUCUUUGUAUUUGAAUUUAUUGAUUCAUAAAAUUAGAUAUUUUACAGUAUUAUCAAUCGAUUUACAACUCUUAACGAAGUCUACAAACUACCACUACCGUUAAACUAUCGAUCGUUAAAUGACGUCAGCGGUUAAUGGCCUUUGAACGUCGGCAUUGACGUCAUCUAACAGUGAUGGUAACGGUUGAUUCGUUCCAACCUCUUCAGCCAAUAGUAUUAAAUUUUUCUGUUGUUUGAAAAUGGAGGACAAUGCAACAAAGAGAAUCCGCAAGCCUAAUUUUUCUCAUUUAGAAAUUGAAAGGCUGGUAAGUUGCGUCGAGGAGCGGCCAUAUUUAAAUAAUAUCGAGUUAGGAAAGGUUUUUAAAACGACUCACGAAGUCAGAAAUGCUUGGGAAGAAGUGGCCAAAGAAGUUAGCAGUUGUUCUUUUAUUGGUCUUGUAAGAAGCGGUAGAGAAGUGCGUGAUAAAUGGCAGGAUUUAAAAUGCCGCAUUAAGAAGAAAGCUUUAAAUAUUCAUAAAUUAGCCAGAAAUUCGGAAGGAAAAUAUCCUAUUCCUGAAUUACUUCCCAUCGAUAAAAGGGUUUUGAAGUUUAUUAACUGUAAUAACAAUAUUGAAGUCGAGUGUACUGUUGAAACGAUACAAGAGGAACCAUAUGAAGGAAUAUUGGAAAAUACAGAUAAUGCCAUUGAUGUUAAUUCUACCAUAGUUUAUUGUCAAGAUUCUAAUUCAGAGAAUACUCUUUUAACAGAAACUCCAUUUUAUCAUGUAAAUAAACAAAUUGAAGCUUAUACCACUUCCAGGGAUAAGAGGAUAAAAAGGAAAUACCAACACAGAUGGGAAGUUCUAGAAGAAAAAUUAGAAAAAAUUUUAACUACGAAUGAUGAUAUCAAAUGUAGUUUAAAGGGUAUAAAUGAGUCGUUAAAAAAGCUUGUAGAAAUUCAAGAAAAAAGAUUAGAAUUUGAAAUGAAUACAAAAAUUAAAUAAAUUUUAUUUUCUAGUGUUGAAUGGUAAAUAAUUUAAAAAUUUACACACAAUAAUUUUUAAAUUAUGUAAGAAUAUUUUCAUUAUAACUAUUCUUAUGUAAUCAUUUCCAUCAACAAGCUAUUAAGGCAGAGGUGAGGAAAGUUUUUAAUUAGAAGGUUGCACCCUAUUUCUGAAAACUCUCAUUAGUAUAUUCAUUCAAUAUAAUAACAUACACAUACAAAAAAUGUACAUUUAGAUAGAUACCUUUAUUAAAAAAAAAAGGUAAUAAACAUACUUUAUAAUACAAAAUUCAUAACAGAAAAAAUAAACUUUUACCAUUUUACAUUUUAUCAAACUGCAGUAAAAACUACAAAGACUUGCAUGCAGCCUGAAGGCAGUAGGUUAUCUACUCAUGAAUUAAGGAGCAAAUUUAUUGUUUGUUAUAAAGAAUGACAAACAGCAUUCUUGCUUGUUUUAUUUACACUUUCAAAUAGUAAAAAAUAUUUCAUUUUUACUAAAUUAUCAUACUAGGAUUAAGUAAACAAACAAAGUAUAAAAUGCCCACCAGUAGCCAAGUGGAUAAAACUACUAAAUACUGGUAGUUGGUCCCAAGUUUAUGCCUAGUCUAUGCACUGGCUGCGUGGAGUUUUCCAGGUAUUUUUUACACAUAAGGACUUGUAGCUAUGGGGGCUGUGAGGUGACUAAGUUCCCUCAGUUUAGUAGUGCCCAUAUACAGUAUAUAUAAUUCAUGCUUUUGCUUUCAUCACAUACACUUAAGCUACUGUUAUUUAUUUUACACGUAAACUGUAGCUAAUAAACCUGUGCUGGCUGAAAAAAAGAAUACCGAUCAUAAUUUUUCAAUUUGCCUCUCUAGUCACAAUGAUUUAUUCUUGGGUAUGAAAUCUAAUACUACAGUUGGUGCCAUUUUUCCAUAGAAAGUCCUUUCCUUAGCAGAUCAUCUUUGUGUUGUGUUCAGUGCCGUAUCUAGGCAGGUGCAACAGGUGCACCUGCACAGGGCCCACUUAGAAGGGGGCCCAAAAUGCAUGAAAUUGUUUUAUUAUUUUUCCAAACUUAAUUAAUUAAGGGUCCUAAAUGCAAAUUCUUGCACAGGGCACAGGAAUGGCUAGUUACGGCACUGGUUGUGUUGUCUUAUCGCAUCAAAACAGUCAAAGUAGAAAUUGUAGUGCAUAAAGUCUAUAAACCAAAGGUCCAUCCAAAGAAGAAAAAUAUAUUUAAACUCAUUUUUCAGUAAUAUAUCAAAUAUUCUAAACAAUUAAGUUACUAAAAUACUGACCCUUUCAAAUUACAUACUAAAAUACAUUCACCCUAUCAAAAAACAAAUCUGUUAACACGUUACUAGUUUAAUUUAACUAUACUUGAAAUAUUUAUAUGCAAUAUUAACUAUACAAGACAAUCUUUAACUAUAAAAAACUGAAAACGUACACAUGUAUAAAUAUAUAUAUAUGUCUGAGGCUUGAUCAAAUGGCCCUUAUUAUCCUCUGAGAUUGAAUAAAUAUAUCUGUAAAUAUUUUUAUGUAAUUUUAUUAUAUUUCAAUUAAAGCAAAUUAUAAUUUAUUUAUACUUUCUCAAUAUAAUUUUUCGCAUUGUUUAGGAAUUAUCACAUUAAAGAUAUAUCUUGUACAAAUGAUAUAUAUACAUAUGCAAUAGAUAAUUAAUAAAUGAACCUAUUAAAUUUGAUGACCAUAUGGUUGAGGUUGUUAAGGAGUUAGCUUACUACUAUGAUGGACCAGGGAUUAAAUCUGAGUGAGCAACCCAGUCCCUCACCAUUCAACCAAACUCAUGAUUGGUAUGGAAAAAAGGCCCUCUUAAUAGUGCCCAUAGGAUGGAAAGAAAAAUAUAGAAUUUCUUGAUUAAAAACAUCAUUGAAUAAAUGAAUAA